CGCAAUCUUAGCCACAAUAUCAAAACACACACAGAAAUAAGAACCAAAAAAAAAAAAAAAUGGAUCUUCUCAUUCUCCUGUGCUCCCUUCUCAUCUCUUACCUCAUCUUCAAGAUCUGGAAAUUCAUAGACUCAAAGCGAGACCAAGAAUGCUACAUAUUGGACUACGAAUGCUACAAGCCCUCCGACGACCUAAUGGUGAGUACCCAUCUCUCCGGCGAGAUCAUUCGCCGGAACAAAAACCUCGGACUCAACGAAUUCAAGUUUCUACUCAAAGCCAUCGUCAGCUCCGGCAUCGGAGAACAGACCUACGCUCCAAGGCUCGUCUUGCAAGGCCGAGAAGAGAAUCCGACGGUACGAGACGGGAUCGAGGAGAUGGAGGAGUUUUAUACCGACAGCGUGGGGAAACUCCUUCGCAGGAACGGAGUUUCGCCUCGGGAGGUCGAUGUUCUUGUCGUGAACGUCUCUAUGCUGGCCUCGGUUCCUUCGCUGUCGUCGAGGAUCAUAAACCAUUACAAGAUGAGGGAGGACGUCAAAGUCUUCAACUUGACGGGGAUGGGAUGCAGCGCGAGCCUUAUAUCGAUCGAAAUUGUCAAGAACAUCUUCAAGAGCUACAUGAACAUGACCGCUCUUGUGGUAACGUCCGAGUGUCUGAGCCCUAAUUGGUACAGUGGCAACAACAGGUCGAUGAUCCUCGCGAACUGUCUAUUCCGGUUGGGAGGAUGCGCCAUUCUGCUGACAAACAACCGAAGCUUGAGCACAAGAGCCAUGUUCAGGCUCAAGUGCAUGGUACGGACCCACCACGGGUCGAGGGACGACUCGUACAACUGUUGUGUCCAGAGAGAGGACGAACAUGGCCGAGUCGGGAUCCACUUGGACAAGAGCCUGCCGAAAGUCGCGACACGUGCUUUCGUCGAGAAUCUCAGAGUCAUAACACCGAAGAUCUUGCCCGUGACCGAGCUCCUGAAGUUCAUGUUACGUCUCAUGGCGAAAAGGAUAAGCAGAAACCCUAGAAAGGGUUCAUCAGCGACGAAUCUUGCACCCAAGAUAGGGAUCGACUACAAGAGAGGGAUUGAUCAUUUCUGCAUUCACACGGGAGGCAAAGCAGUGAUAGAUGGGAUAGGUUACAGCCUGGAUUUGUCGGAAUAUGAUCUGAAACCUGCGAGGAUGACGCUCCAUAGAUUUGGGAACACAUCGGCGAGUAGCUUAUGGUACGUUUUGGCCUACAUGGAGGCGAAGAAGAGGCUCAAGAGAGGAGAAAGAGUGUUCAUGAUAAGCUUUGGAGCAGGCUUCAAGUGCAACAGCUGCGUUUGGGAGAUCGUGAGAGAUUUGGGUCUUGACGAUGAUGGUGAUGGAAAUGUCUGGAAACAUUGCAUUGAUGAUUAUCCACCGAAAUCUAUAUCAAACCCUUUUUUGGAGAAGUAUGGUUGGAUCCAAAACGAGGAUGAUCCGGAGACUUUCAAGUUCCCAGAUGAUCAACCACACGAUUAAUUAUUUCUAUAAAAAAAAUACGGUUUUUUUUUGUUUUAACCCUUUUAUAUAAUUACAUUUUACAAAAGGCAAGUAUAUUAGUGUGAUUUUAUGUAGUUUCUUUUUUUGUGAGUGUGUGUUUUAUAAAUUCUUAAUUGUAUUCCUUUUUUGUGGAUUUGAUACGAUAAUAUAAACGCAUUCCAAUACCGAU